AUGGUGGAGAGUAAGGUUAGAGCCGUCACCAGCGCCGCCCCCGCCAACCGUCACCAGCGCCGCCCCCGCCAGCCGUCACCAGCGUCACCCCCGCCAGCCGUCACCAGCGCCGCCCCCGCCAGCCGUCAACAGCGCCGCCCCCGCCAGCCGUCACCCCCGCCAGCCGUCACCAGCGCCACCCCCGCCAGCCGUCACCAGCGCCGCCCCCGCCAGCCGUCAACAGCGCCGCCCCCGCCAGCCGUCACCAGCGCCAUCCCCGCCAGCCGUCACCAGCGCCGCCCCCGCCAGCCGUCACCAGCGCCGCCCCCGCCAGCCGUCACCAGCGCCGCCCCCGCCAACCGUCACCAGCGCCGCCCCCGCCAGCCGUCACCAGCGCCGCCCCCGCCAACCGUCACCAGCGCCGCCCCCGCCAGCCGUCACCAGCGCCGCCCCCGCCAGCCGUCACCAGCGCCGCCCCCGCCAGCCGUCACCAGCGCCGCCCCCGCCAGCCGUCACCAGCGCCGCCCCCGCCAGCCGUCACCAGCGCCGCCCCCGCCAGCCGUCAACAGCGCCGCCCCCGCCAGCCGUCACCAGCGCCGCCCCCGCCAGCCGUCACCAGCGUCACCCCCGCCAACCGUCACCAGCGCCACCCCCGCCAGCCGUCAACAGCGCCGCCCCCGCCAGCCGUCAACAGCGCCGCCCCCGCCAGCCGUCAACAGCGCCGCCCCCGCCAGCCGUCACCCGCGCCGCCCCCGCCAGCCGUCAACAGCGCCGCCCCCGCCAGCCGUCACCCCCGCCAGCCGUCACCAGCGCCACCCCCGCCAGCCGUCACCAGCGCCGCCCCCGCCAGCCGUCAACAGCGCCGCCCCCGCCAGCCGUCACCAGCGCCAUCCCCGCCAGCCGUCACCAGCGCCGCCCCCGCCAGCCGUCACCAGCGCCGCCCCCGCCAGCCGUCACCAGCGCCGCCCCCUCCAACCGUCACCAGCGCCGCCCCCGCCAGCCGUCACCAGCGCCGCCCCCUCCAACCGUCACCAGCGCCGCCCCCGCCAGCCGUCACCAGCGCCGCCCCCGCCAGCCGUCACCAGCGCCGCCCCCGCCAGCCCUCACCAGCGCCGCCCCCGCCAGCCCUCACCAGCGCCGCCCCCGCCAACCGUCACCAGCGCCGCCCCCGCCAGCCGUCAACAGCGCCGCCCCCGCCAGCCGUCACCAGCGCCGCCCCCGCCAGCCGUCACCAGCGCCGCCCCCGCCAACCUUCAGCGCCGCCCCCGCCAACCUUCACUUGAAGGACAACGUUCCGCCUGGCCUCAAGGCAACUGUGGUGUAAGUGGACUUUCUUAA